AGGUGAUGACGUUUUCCAAGGAUUAGCUGUCGAUAUCCGACAAAAUCGAACAAGAAACGGAAGCGCAGCGUGAGGAAGAAAAUUAGAUGUUUUGUGUACGAAGUUAGUUAGCUAGCGUUAAUUUAUAUUAUUUUUGAAGGGACCAGACAAAGCGGUGACAUCUUGAAGGAGGCACUUUCGUCCUGGUCUAUAUCCUCUGAAAUUCGAUAGUCCUCCUGGACAAACCCGUCACUUUCUCUGAGAACAGGAACCAAGUGUCAGCCAGGAUGGACCCAGCUCUCUUGAGGGAGAGGGAACUGUUCAAGAAAAGAGCUCUGUCCACUCCAGCUGUAGAGAAGCGACAAGCGUCCUCAGACUCUGGAUCACACAAGAAGAAGAAGCCCAAAGUUGACAAGGAGAGCUCUUCAGGGUCCAAACAUAGCACUGAGUCUAGUAAUGGCAACUUUAACAUCAAAGCAAGCUCUGGGUACAAAUUUGGCUGCCUGGCCAAGAUAGUCAAUUAUAUGAAGACAAGGCAUCAGAAUGGUGAUACACACUUCUUGACCUUAGAUGAGAUUCUGGAUGAGACCAAACUUCUUGACAUCAGCAUGAAACAGAAACAGUGGCUCAUGACUGAGGCCUUGGUCAACAAUCCAAAAAUUGAAGUGCGGGAUGGGACAUAUGGUUUCAAGCCCAAGUACAACCUGAAAGACAAGAAAGCCUUACUGAGGCUACUGGACAAACACGACCAGUUGGGCCUGGGAGGAGUGCUGCUGGACGAUGUAGAGGAAGGGCUGCCCAACUCAGCCAAGGCCAUUAAGGCUUUGGGGGAUCAGAUCGUCUUUGUGACAAGACCAGACAAGAAAAAGAUCCUAUUCUACAAUGACAAACACUGCCAGUUUAUGGUAGAUGAAGAAUUUCAGAAACUGUGGAGGAGUGUCCCAGUUGAUUCCAUGGAUGAAGAGAAGAUUGAGGAGUACCUAAAGAAACAAGGCAUCUCCUCAAUGCAAGAAACAGGACCAAAGAAAGUGUUACCAGUUCAAAAGAGAAAGAAGCAAGGUGGGCAGAGGAAGAGACACUUCAAGACCCACAACAACCAUCUGGCAGGAGUGCUGGAGGAUUAUUCGGAUGGCGUUCCUGUAAAGAAGUGAAAUCCCUUCCCUCACUGCUACAUGACCUCAGAGCGAUGUUGAGUCUGUAAAUCAGAAAUGGCUGCAGAUGGAGACUCUGGCCACACUACAAUACAAUGACUUUUCAUGGGUGUCUUGUGUCCAAAAAACUAGCAUCCUUUCCUUUCUUUGCACUCCUCUCAGUGAUCAGUCGUAUUGUAUUAAAUGGAGUGAAUAGCACCUGUGUUGUGGAAGCCUUUUCAGUUUAACGAUCAGUAAUGACUGAAUGACACUGGAAGAAGAGAGUGUUGAAACCAUUAAGGACAGUGAAUGCUCUUAGCAAGACUACCAUCUGUAAAGGGGGUGAUGCAACCUAACUGUUACAAUGUAAAUGAGUUGAAGUGUGUAAAUACCUUUUCUUCAUUUUAUCUAGUAUAUCACAGAGGUGUGUGUGAAGGGUUUUAUGUGAGAGGGCAGCAGUCUUCAUCUUAUGGCAACCUUACAUCCUUAUAUUAGGAAUUGCAGAAGACAAGUUUGUGUUGUGCAGUGCAUCACAAUAAUGCCUCUCAUCCAGCAUCAGACAUCUUGGACAUUAUUUCCUGUGAAAUUUCAAAUUAUUUAAAUUCUUUUACUUUGCAGCACCAUGGCGUUGUGCUUUAAAAUACUAGAAUUUUUAAAUUUUAAUAAAUUACAGUUACAGGAUACUGCCUUGUUGCUUGAUUUACAUGCACUGCAGUGGCAACAGUUCUAU